AUGAGAACUGUAAUACAUUUUAUAUACAGUGAAUUUGCCCGCCAAGUAGAAGAAAAAGAUUCUUUGAUUUCCCAACUCUCAAGAGGAAAGCAAGGCUUUACCCAACAGAUUGAAGAACUAAAGAGGCAAUUAGAAGAGGAAACAAAGGCCAAGAAUGCACUAGCCCAUGGUUUGCAAUCUGCUCGUCAUGAUUGUGACUUGCUCCGGGAGCAAUUUGAAGAGGAACAGGAAGCCAAGGCUGAGCUACAACGUGCCAUGUCCAAGGCCAAUAGUGAAGUCGCUCAAUGGAGAACCAAAUAUGAGACUGAUGCAAUCCAGCGCACUGAGGAACUAGAAGAGGCCAAGAAAAAGCUUGCCCAGCGUCUGCAGGAUGCGGAAGAACAUGUAGAGGCUGUGAAUUCCAAAUGUGCUUCUCUUGAGAAGACAAAGCAGAGGUUGCAGAAUGAAGUGGAGGACCUGAUGAUUGAUGUGGAAAGGUCCAAUGCAGCCUGUGCAGCUCUAGAUAAGAAGCAGAAGAACUUCGAUAAGAUUCUGGCAGACUGGAAGCAAAAAUAUGAGGAAACCCAGUCUGAACUGGAAGCUUCCCAGAAGGAGUCUCGCUCUCUCAGCACAGAACUCUUUAAGAUGAAGAAUGCCUAUGAGGAAUCCUUGGAUCACCUGGAAACAUUGAAGCGUGAGAACAAGAAUCUCCAACAAGAGAUUUCUGAUCUGACGGAACAGAUUGCUGAGGGAGGAAAGGCUAUCCAUGAAUUGGAGAAAGUGAAGAAGCAGAUUGAACAAGAGAAAUCCGAACUCCAGGCUUCCCUAGAGGAAGCUGAGGCUUCUCUUGAACAUGAAGAAGGCAAAAUCCUCCGCAUCCAACUUGAGCUCAACCAGGUGAAGGCUGACAUUGACAGGAGAAUUGCAGAGAAAGAUGAGGAAAUUGAUCAGCUGAAGAGGAACCACCUGAGAGUGGUAGAGUCCAUGCAGAGCACACUGGAUGCUGAGAUCAGGAGCAGGAAUGAUGCCCUGAGGGUAAAGAAGAAGAUGGAGGGAGAUCUGAAUGAAAUGGAAAUCCAGCUGAGCCACGCCAACCGCCAAGCUGCUGAGGCACUAAAGAACCUUAGGAACACACAAGGCCAGCUCAAGGUAUCCAGAGGACCAUUUCAAGCAACUCGCAAAGAAACACUGGAAUUGUAA